AUGUCCUACACUCUGUUGCGGGUAUUCCGCUACCUGCCGAGUACUGGAACAGCCGAGGAGCACACUGAUCUAGGACUUCUGACGAUGUGCAUUGGAAACCGCCGUGGUCUGCAGAUGUGUGAUCGGGUGAGAUCCACAGACAGUGAGCUACAAUGGAUCGAUGCGUCAGAGGGAAUGAACCAUGCCAUCAUUCUCGUCGGGCAGACUCUGAAGAUGGUGUCCAGCGGGGGCUUGAAUGCUGGUAUUCACCGAGUCCACGGGAACCCACUAGGUCGGAAUAGCGUUGUUUAUGGAUUGCGGCACUCUUCGAAGAAUGCGAUAGACUUAGGUCUCUUCGGGGGAGAGGGAUGUAUUCGCCCUGAGGAGCUGUACACGUUCAUGGGGGUGGGCAAGGUCAAUAUAAAUGCUGUAAAGAACAAAAGGGACAAGCAACGAGAGAUUUUCGAAGGCGCCCGACAGGGAUGA